UCCUAGCGCCUGCCGCUCCCUGGCUGUGUCCCGGGCUCCGUCGGUGAGAGGAGCUGCCGUUGACGCCACGGAGCCAGCCCCAGUCUGUUCAGAUGAGAAAACUGAGGUCCUACGGCAUGAAGUAAAUUGCACAAGGUCACAGCUAGGAAGUGAGGAAGAGAAGCCCCGCCCAUCCAGGCCAUGGAGGUAGAGUCUUCGGAGGAGAGGUCCCCAGCCCCAGGCUACAAGCGCUCUGGCCGCCGCUAUAAGUGCCUGUCCUGUACCAAGACGUUUCCAAAUGCACCCCGGGCAGCACGUCAUGCUGCCACACAUGGGCCUGCAGACUGUACAGAGGAGGUGGCCGAGGCAAAGCUGAAGCCAGAGACAGACCCCAAAGCGGAGGAUGCCAGCGGGGACAAGGUGUCAGGUGCAGCGGCGAAGCCUCGGCCGUAUGCGUGCCCGCUGUGCCCCAAGGCCUACAAAACGGCACCAGAGCUACGCAGUCACGGGCGCAGCCACACGGGCGAGAAGCCCUUCCCUUGCCCUGAGUGCGGUCGCCGCUUCAUGCAGCCCGUGUGCCUGCGCGUGCACCUGGCCUCGCACGCCGGCGAGUUGCCUUUCCGCUGCGCGCACUGCCCCAAGGCCUAUGGCGCGCUCUCCAAGCUCAAGAUCCACCAGCGCGGUCACACCGGCGAGAGGCCCUACGCCUGCGCCGACUGUGGCAAGAGCUUCGCUGACCCCUCGGUGUUCCGCAAGCACCGGCGCACGCACGCAGGCCUGCGGCCCUACAGCUGCGAGCGCUGCGGCAAGGCCUACGCGGAACUCAAGGACCUCCGCAACCACGAGCGGUCCCACACCGGCGAGCGCCCCUUCCUCUGCUCAGAGUGCGGGAAGAGCUUCUCCCGCUCGUCCUCGCUCACGUGCCACCAGCGCAUCCAUGCAGCGCAAAAGCCCUACCGCUGCCCAGCCUGUGGCAAGGGCUUCACGCAGCUCAGCUCCUACCAGAGCCAUGAGCGCACGCACUCUGGCGAGAAGCCCUUCCUUUGCCCCCGCUGCGGCCGCAUGUUCUCCGACCCCUCGAGCUUCCGGCGCCACCAGCGGGCGCACGAGGGUGUGAAGCCCUACCACUGCGAGAAGUGCGGCAAGGACUUCCGGCAGCCGGCCGACCUGGCCAUGCAUCGGCGGGUGCACACGGGCGACCGGCCGUUCAAGUGCCUGCAGUGUGACAAGACGUUCGUGGCGUCCUGGGACCUCAAGCGGCACGCGCUGGUGCACUCCGGCCAGCGGCCCUUCCGCUGCGAGGAGUGCGGGCGAGCCUUCGCCGAGCGAGCCAGUCUCACUAAGCACAGCCGGGUGCACUCGGGUGAGCGCCCCUUCCACUGCAACGCCUGCGGAAAGUCCUUCGUGGUCUCGUCAAGCCUGAGGAAGCACGAGCGGACCCAUCGCAGUAGCGAGGCCGCAGGGCCUCCCCCGCAGCAGGAGCUGGUAGUGGGGCUGGCGCUGCCGGUCAGUGUGGCAGGCGAGGGCUCAGCGGCCCCGGCAGCAGGGGCGGGGCUCGGGGACCCUGCAGCAGGGCUGCUGGGGCUGCCCCCGGAAUCGGGUGGUGUGAUGGCCACCCAGUGGCAAGUGGUGGGCAUGACCGUGGAGCACGUGGAGUGCCAAGAUGCUGGGGUUGGGGAGGCUCCUGGUCCCUUGGGGGGGGCAGGCGAAGUGGGGGGUGAGGAGGUGGACGAGAAACCACCACAGUUUGUAUGCCGGGAGUGCAAGGAGACGUUCUCCACGCUGACGUUGCUGCGACGGCACGAGCGCUCACACCCAGAGCUCCGGCCCUUCCCCUGCACCCAGUGCGGCAAGAGCUUCUCAGACCGGGCUGGGCUGCGCAAGCACAGUCGCACCCACAGCUCUGUGCGCCCCUACACCUGCCCCCACUGCCCCAAGGCCUUCUUGAGUGCCAGCGACCUGCGCAAGCACGAACGCACCCACCCUGUGCCCAUCGGGACCCCCACGCCCCUCGAGCCCCUCGUGGCUUUGCUAGGAAUGCCUGAAGAGGGCCCAGCCUGAGGCCCAGGCCCCCUCCGCCACACUCCCGGGAGCUCCGCCCCUACAGGGUGCUUCCUGAACCUCCCUUUGCCUCAGCUCACUCUUAGACUCCAGAUCCAUUCCUCCGCCCCAGGCAGCUAGCUCACCUUCCUGACAAAGAGCUGGGGACAGUGGAGGCUGGCAGCAGCCUGCGAGAGACAUGGCUCCCUCUGAGCACCACUCAUUAAAGCGUUCACUUUGA